GCCGCGCCAUGGAGCCGCCGCCGCCGCCGGAGCCCGCGGCAGCGGCGCGGCCCUGGGAGGAGGCCAAGGCUUUCUACGACAACCUCGCCCCCAAGAAGAAGCCCAAAUCGCCGAAGCCCGAGAACGCCAUCACCAUCGCAGUCUCAUCGCGGGCGCUCUUCCGCAUGGAGGAGGAGCAGAAGAUCUACAACGAACAAGGAGUGGAGGCCUACGUGAAAUACCAGCUGGACCACGAGAAUGAGCCCUUCCUCCCCGGCGCUGCCUUCCCCUUCGUCAAGGCGCUGGAAGCUGUGAACAUGAAGCUGCGCGAGCUCUACCCUGACAGUGAGGAGCUUUUUGACAUCGUCCUCAUGACCAACAACCAUGCCCAGGUCGGGGUUCGCUUGAUCAACAGCAUCAACCACUAUGGUCUGUUCAUUGAGAGGUUCUGCAUGACGGGAGGGAACAGCCCCAUUUGUUACCUCAAAGCCUACCACACCAACCUCUACCUCUCCUCUGAUGCUGAGAAAGUGAGUGGGGCCAUUGAAGAGGGGAUCGCUGCAGCCACCAUCUUCAGCCCCAGUAAAGACCUGGAGGUGUCAGAGAACCAGCUGCGGGUAGCAUUUGAUGGUGACGCUGUUCUCUUCUCGGAUGAAUCGGAGCAGAUCGUGAAGGCUCAUGGCCUGGACAUGUUCUUUGAACAUGAAAAAGCUCAUGAGAACAAGCCUCUGGCCCAGGGACCCCUGAAGGGCUUCCUGGAGGCCCUGGGGAAGCUGCAGAAGAAGUUUUAUUCAAAGGGCUUGAGGAUGGAGUGUCCUAUUCGCACCUACCUGGUCACUGCCAGGAGUGCUGCCAGCUCAGGAGCCCGAGCUCUAAAGACUCUCCGCAGCUGGGGCCUGGAGACAGAUGAAGCUUUGUUCCUGGCUGGGGCUCCCAAGGGGCCACUGCUGAAGAAGAUCCGGCCGCACAUCUUCUUUGAUGACCAGAUGUUCCACGUGGAGGGAGCCAAGGAGAUGGGCACUAUUGCUGCCCACGUUCCUUAUGGCAUCGCCCAGAAGCACAAGCGGAUGGCACAAGAGAAGCAAACCCCGAACAGCAAGUAGUGGAGCUGGCUGGUCCCGUAGCCCUGGGCGCAUGCCCGUGCGGGCUGGCGCACUGCGCAGACUUCGCCUCUGGGCACCAUGCACUGAGUUAGGUCGUGGUCUGCAAGGCAGAGAGCAUCUGCCCUGGUGAGCAUGAGGUUAUUCCUUAGCUGGAGCCUUGGCUGGGGCACAGUGGAGAAGGGAGUUAAUGAAAGGCAGCUUUUUGCCUGUAUUUUAUUUUAUUUUAUUUUAUUUUAUUUUAUUUUUUGCAAUGUUGUGACCUUGUACUGCUGGACUGCUGGCCCAGUGCUCUUCGCUGCCCCAUUCCUUGUGGGGCUGGAGGCUGUCCCUCAUUGGGCAGCCCCAUGAGCUGUUUCCCUGUUUGUACAUGCUCUGCACAUGCUUCAGGCAAAAUCUCUGAAAAUGGAUCUCCCCUUUCUUGGACGGUUUGUGCCAGGCAGGCUUAACUUAUUGGCAUUUUUUUUUUAAUGAGAAAUUUCCAAUCCAAGUCCUUGAUUAAAAAAAAAAAAAAAAAGUUCAGGCUGAACUAUUGUUCAGCUGGAACUGUUGUGCAGCUGGAAAGUUGCAUGCACUCAAAAACCUUCUUGCAGCUUUGAAACAAAACAUUGUCUCCUUUAAUUAAAUUUAAACCAUAACGCUGUUCCUUAGUGGGAACCCCACUGAAAGAUUCACCCUCUGUUUUCCAACCAGAAAAUCUUUCAGGUCUUUGCCCUUCCAAGAUUUGUCAGGGCAACCACUUUCCCUUCAUGUGCUAAAAUUUGGAAAAAUAGAAACAAGCACUUGCUUUCCUGCUUGUUGCUUUGGGCCAAUUUACUGUUGUCUCAGAGUUUUAAAGUUGAGUUUGACAAUUACAAAAGUUAGCACUUAAAUAUCUCAGUAAGGCGUCCAAGCCCAGCCCUUGUAUGUGCUUUCCAGGGCCUCAGACACAUGCCUAGGAUUUGAAUUAAGUUAAAAGCAGGCCCUAAUAUAUUAAGGACAGCAUUUGAAGUCUGUUGGGUUAAUUUGUAGAGAAUUUGAGCCUGGGGAGGGUUAAUUAAAGGAUUUAUUUUUCUAUAAGCUGGGUCCAUAGACGCUGAUAAUCUUUUCUCCUCGAUUUCUUAAAACCUCUGGUAUUUCUGAAAAUAGACACCUGUGCUAGUGACGCUGUGAGAAAGAACUAAAUCCCUGAUUUAAAAACAGGAAGAGAAAUCAAUUGGAGAGCUGUUCCAAAAUCAGUGUGAAAGUCACUCUGACGUUAUUGCACAAGGCCUUGUCCUCAAGGACGCUCUCAGGAUAACUUUUUUUUUCUUGAAUUACUUAUUUCUUGUGCUGUCUUCCUAGGCAGUACAAGUGACAGUUGAGCAUGAAGGAUGCCCAGUAUUAUCAGAUAGUAUUUUCAGUUGCUUCCAACUUUGCCAAAUGCAGAGUGCAUGGGCUGGAGUUUUCCUGGGGAUGUGUCUGCCUCUCACUCAACUUUGCACGGAGAUUUCAGCUAAAAUAGCUCAGCCUUUUCUGAGAGGGAGGCUACAGCUUAAGUUAUGGCAUUUUUGACAAAUACCUAAGCAAGCUAAUGGUAUCUUCAGUGGCUCUGGAGACUGUUUUCUUAUUGCACUAAAUCUUGCCCUAGCAAUGAAAACAAAUUGCACUUUUCCCUUGAACUGUUUCACUCUGGCAGACUGUUAUUUGUCACAUUUGGGUGACAAACAUGUCAGAGGAAGGCCUAAAAUCCAAACAAAGAAAAGCCUUGCAAGAAAUGAAUAUUGCCUUGAUACAUCUAUUAAUAUUCAGUUCUAAAAAAAAAAGGUCUUUUCUUGUUAAUGCAAACCCCAGAUAUUGUGAUUCAAGCUGUCUCAGAGACCCUUUCGGCAGAUCUGGGUGGGAUAAGGGCCUGGUCUCCAAGUAAACAUUUCCAAGGUGUUUCCUGAAGAUCGCAUCUUGGAAGUCCUGUCAAGCUCGGCUCACAGAGGGGCUGCGCAGAGGCUUCCCUGCCUGCCUGGGGGAUGAUGUUGCAAGAGGAAGAGGAUUGUCAGCAAGCCCUCAGGAAACCCUGGCUGUGCAGGCCUGGGAACGGCAGCGAUGUCGGCAGGUGACAGUGUGCCAAAUCAGGCUGGUGGCAUGGGAUGUGGGUCAUGAGCACGGUCCCUGGGAUGUGUGGGGAUGCUCGUGGCUGGGGAACGCGAGGAGUGUGUGAGCUGGUGCACCCAUGUCUCUCUGAGGUGCUGUCACUGCGGUGCAUCUGUGUGUAAAUCGCUGUCUUUUCCCAAGAGUUUCAGAUGAGGGAUGUGGGAAGGGCUGUGCUGUCCAGCAGGACAUGCCCUGUCUCGGGGUGCUUUUAGCUCCAGCAAGAUGGUGUAUCAUGGUGCCGGCUGUGAUUUUUGGGGCAGGAGCCUGGAUCUCUGCAGCUUUUACUGCUGCCGUCCUAGGCCCCAAUAUGAGAUGUGGGUGCAGAGGGCUGGUCCUGGGGACCCUGCUCGCCCUCUUGCUGCAUGGCACAGGCAGCUGCUUUAACAGCUCUGCUCAAGGUUUUCCUGCUGCCAGGGCAGCCUGGGGGCUCACUGGAAGAUACGGGGCUCGGGAAACUGUCCCCGAGUGAAGUAAGGCUCCCUUUCCACCUCCUGGAUCCUGGCUGCACAGGGAGGAUCUGCCCCUCCCGCCAUGGCUGCCCCUUUUGGUUUUAUCCACAUGGUUUCCUACAUUUUUUUUUUUGCCCCCUCUUCUCCCUUCCUCUGUCACUAUGACUGGCUGAUGUGGAUUCGCUGCUCGUGUACUUCCCCGGUGUGCCCGUACGGGACAUCCGUUGCCCCUCAGGCCGGGGGAGCACCGCAGUUCUGCGGGAGCCUGGGGGCGUGCUGGCCUGGCACAUCCCCUGUCUCGAGGGGCCCGUGCUGCUGCGCCCCUUGUGCUGCGCUGGCCGACAACUGGACUUUCCCACUGUUUGUUGUUGCUGUGGGUUUCACUUCAUUGUCCCCUGAUUUUUUUUUUUUUCCUUUUUUUUUCUUGUGAAUGAACUGACUUGUUAAUGAAACCCCUUUGGGUGUUUAUCUGUAAUAAACUGUGUUGGUCCCA